AUGGCCAAUCACGGCCGGCCAGGGAAGUCUCCAGCCCCGGAUAACGCCGCUAUCAUGUCUGUGCUUUUGAGGUUAAAUUUGGUAUCAUUGAUUUUAAUUUUCCUAGUGAUAUUUGUGAAUGCUAUUGAGUCUUUUCUUGGUGAUAAAAUUACAACUUCUUUUUCCUUCACAAUAUCUAGUAUUCGCAACUCGACAGGGCAUCGCCACGUCAAGUGUGAAAUCAACGUUCCUGAAAAUAAAAGGAGAACGUUGGAUAUUCCGAAUGAACUACUAAUCAACGUACAACAGGGUGCAUAUUUUAUUAGGAACAGGAAACACAUCCAAAUUGUCACUUCAUUUAGUGGUAAGGGAACACUUAGAAUUCUCCGAGCGAUGCUGAAAUACAGUGAUGAAGUUAGUGUAAGUGAAAGAUUAGAAGCUGCUGGAUACGCUCAAUGGGAAGUUGGGGAGCCAAGUAACGUGAAGACAGACAUUGACUCAGAACAAAACUGUGGAGAAAUACUUCGCAAAAAUGGCAAAAUCAACGAUGUGUCUUGCAGAGGAAAACUGGCAUAUUUUUGUGAAUAUGAAUAAUUAUUUAAUUUAUGUACUGCUAUUUCUACGAAGAUAGUACUCCAGGCAAUGUAAAAUGUAGAACGUUGUUCAAUAUGGCAAAUUAAAAGUGAAGGUUUAUAAUAUUCA